AUGCAUUUCCAACUCGUGACUCUCUCCGUUGCCUUGCUCUCCCCGUUUAUCAACGCCUACCCCAUCACCGGUGACACCGUCAACUGCCGCUCCGGUCCAGGAACAUCCUACUCAGUAGUCAAGUCCUACAAAAAGGGCGCAGAUGUUGCAAUUACCUGCCAAGCAUCCGGCACAGACAUCAAAGGCGAUAGCAUCUGGGACAAGACCGCCGAUGGCUGCUAUGUCGCGGACUUCUACGUGAAAACAGGUAGCUCCAGCUACGUGACGAAGAAAUGCAACAGUGGCAGCGGUGGUGGUGGUGGCAGCAGCAGCGGAAAUCUACCUGGCCUUACAUCCACUCAGUCCAAGCAUGCCAAAGCUAUCAUCGGAGAAGCGAAGAAGGAGGAUCUAGGUCGCCAGGGCUGUCUUGCUGGUAUUGCAACUGCUCUUGUUGAGUCAAAUAUUCUCAUCUAUGCCAACAAAAAAGUCCCCUCUUCACUUAACUACCCCCACGAUGCCGUGGGCUCGGACUAUGAUAGUGUUGGCAUCUUCCAGCAGCGCGCCAAGUACUAUCCCAGUAUUGCUGCCGAUAUGGAUCCGGCCAAAUCGGCUGCGCAGUUCUUUAAGGGUAUGAAGGGUGUCAGUGGGUGGAAGACUAUGGAGGUUGGGAAGCUUUGCCAGAAGGUGCAGGGUUCGGCUUAUCCCACUCGAUAUGCGGGACGUGUCGAUGAGGCUGAGAAGAUUUGUGCUGCUGGUGGUUUGUAG